CUGCUGACGUCGUCAAAGAACAGUUUAUUAAACUACAGUGUUAGGAUUCGGUUGCGCUUUAUGCACCGUAUUCUAGUUGUGUUUUUGCAGCGCAUAUCCCAUGUCGAACGUUUUGUGAAGACUAACACUUCAUUACAUAGGCCCUGCAAAUGCUAAGCCCAUUACGGCGGCUUCUGCCGGCUGGCUAUAAGGGGUUUGCCUACCGCAGCCAAUCGACCGCAGCGACAGCAUCUAUAUCCAAAGAACGAUGGUUCAUCACCCUAACGCGACGUCUGGCGAUCGGAGGGGUGUUGGCGUAUGCCUAUUUUGAUCCUAGUCCAGAGGAUCUGACGACAGCGUACCUGACUCCCAUCCGAUUGGCCCGUGACGUGUACACAGCGGCGGCCAUUGUUGCAGACUACAAGUACUCGCUGUCCUCGGUGAGCGGGGAGGCGCGUGAGGCGGCGCUGCACGGCUGCCACCAGCGCGGCGCGGAGCGGCUGCUGGCGCUGUGCUUCGCCAACGGGGGCGUGUACACCAAGCUGGGGCAGCACAUCGGGCAGCUGGACCACCUGCUCCCCGAGGAGUAUGUGGAGACGAUGCGCACGAACCUGCUGGACCGCUGCCCCGUGUCGCCUCCCGAGGAGGUGCGCCGCACCUUCAUGCACGACCUGGGGGCGCCGCCGGAGCGGCUGUUCGCCUACUUCAAUGAGACGCCCAUCGCUAGCGCGUCGUUGGCGCAGGUCCACGAGGCGCGCGACCACUCGGGUCGGCGGCUGGCGGUGAAGGUGCAGCACGCGGGGCUGCGGGAGAGCUGCGCCGCGGACGUGGCCACGGUGGCGGCGCUGGUGGCGGCGGCGCGGCUGGUGUUCCCCGACUUUGACUACACUUGGCUGGUGGACGAGAUGCGGGAGAACCUGCCAAAGGAGCUGGACUUUUGUCACGAGGCGGCGAAUGCGGAGAGGUGUCGAGCCAACCUGAAGCUCUCGGCACAGCGGGGCGCAUGGUUCGCUAGCAGGGUCCACAUCCCCGAGGUGGACUACCGGCUCACCUCCGAGCGCAUCCUCACCAUGGAGUUCGUGGAGGGCAUGGGCGUGACGGACGUGGCGGCGCUGCGGGCGGCGGGUCUGGACCCGCGGCAGGUGUCGCUGCUGGUGGCGGAGACCUUCUCAGACAUGAUCUUCACACACGGCUAUGUGCACUGCGACCCGCAUGCGGCCAACAUGAUGGUGCGGAAAGUGAACGGCUCCGCCCAGCUCGUCCUGCUCGACCACGGGCUCUACAAGUCCAUCACCGACUCCUUCCGCCUCGAGUACGCCGCCCUCUGGCGCUCCCUCAUCUUCGCAGACCACGAGGGCAUCCGGCGGCACUCGGCAGCCAUGAACGCCGGUGACGCCUACCCCAUCUUCGCUUGCAUGCUCACCCAAAAGUCCUGGGACCAGAUCCUGGAAGCCCGCUCCGACCACCUGCACAUCCAGCGAAGCCCGCAGCAGCGCGAAACGGCGCAGCACUACAUGGCGCUGUACGGCAGGGAGAUCUCGGAGCUGCUGUCGCGCAUGCCUCGGCCGCUGCUGCUGCUGCUCAAGACGAACGACUGCUUGAGGAGUGUGGACCAUGCGCUGGGGUCGGAGGUGAACACCUUUGUGAUCACGGCUCGGGAGUGCUCUGCGGCGCUGGCGAGGGAGAGGCUGAAGGGCGCACCCGGGCCGUUGGUGCGGCUGGCGGUGGCGUGGGAGCGGCUGCAGGUGGAGGCCCGCAUGCUGGCGUUUGAGGCCAUCGUAUGGUACAGCGGCGUGAAGGCGCGGGUACGGCGGAUACGCAAGCGCAGCGCGGAGCAGGAUGAGGAGGGC